AUGGCUGAAUUACGCAUCGAGGAGUAUAUGCAUUUCGAUCCCGUGACUGAGCAGCUGGGUUCAGAUACAAACAUGAACUCGAAGACACAGCAUACUUGGCUUUAUCGGGAGAAACCUCACGAUGACAUAGUCAAAGAGGUCGUAGAGGUGGUGGAGAAAACCCCAAUGACGAAGUGGAAAAAUCUUGAGUGGGCCCGCGCUGGCUGGGACACAGAACUACUGAGGGUGCUGCAGGCGUUUUUGGAUCACGGCCGUGUCACUGAUGACGAGAAGAUUCUCAAUGCCAAGCUCCCUGGCGCCCCGGUUGUCGUCCGUUACACCCCCGACAACGACGAAGACGAGAAGCCAACACCUUAUUGGCUUUGUCCACAGGACUACCAGGACGCCCGGGUGCUGAUUCGCCCCUUGUCGAAUACAUUUCGCAUGCGCGUGUACGAUGUACCCCCCACAGUCUCUGUGGACGAUGUUAGAUCGGAAGAUCUCGAUCUUCAUGGGACCUCAAUAAAUCGCAUAUCCGUCUAUCCACAUCAAACCAAGAUUGCUUUGCCGCUGACAGAAAAAUACAAAUCUAUUCUUGUCUUGCAAACUUAUUGUUCAGAGGAAGCGGAUAUCUCAUUGAAGUCGGAUAACAACGUGGUUCCAUUCAUGUGCAGAUUUCCUUUUCAAUAUACGCAGAAGACUUGA